GGACAGGUCAAGUAUUUUCUUCGAGUGCACAUAAUUAACCAACUAUCAGUCGUGUUAUGCAGGCUGACCUACAACGACUAACCUCCGCGAGGUUGUGCGUUACGGGCCACGUUUGACUCGUGAGUUCUACAUGCAGUCAGAAGUAACCAUGUCUGACUAUCACAUACGGCCUGCCACGGUUGAUGACUAUGACGGUGUUAUGGAAAUCGGGGAUGUGUACUUUGGGAUUGACUACCUGCGGGAUCGUUACCAUCUCUUCAUGGACGACCCUAACGCCACGUCUUACGUCUACGUCGUGGGUGAGGAGAUAGUUGGCUUCUGCACCGCUUUCCUGAUCGACGAUGGUUUGACCUUUCUUGUACGAGGCAGCAGGGUAAAGGAGGGCUUCCGUGGACAAGGCGUUUACGGCCGUCUAAUGACACAUGUAUACACUGAGUACAAGGACGUAGACAGCAUCAUAUACGACGCAAUGACAACCAACGAUUACAACUUUGAAGCUAAGAAAGACAGCCUGAAGAAAACACAUACUGAAGUUUCCAGAAAGUGUUUUCUCAAUUACCAAUUCAAGAUGGAAGAUGUAGAUACUCCCGCCCCCACAACCGGUCCAGUCCUGGAGGAAGCCAACUCGUCAGUUAUGAUGUCAUUAUUUGAGGACAAGAAUACUCGUGAGAAACUUUUCCCUGAAGGCAAGAUAAUAAUUGACUGGGUUCCUCUGCGACUGUUACUUGUUAACAUGAAAUACAUACUCGCGCCAAACGCACUGGCUCUCCAGUCAAGGGGGCGAUAACUCCCACGUGUCACUCCUCACCGUAGGAACACCAAUAUGGUGUGAACGUGGCAUGAGGUACUCAUUGGAUGUCUUCGGAAGUGAUGCCUCUGCCAUACAUCAUCACAUGACACGUCACUUAGAAUAUCUGCGGUCGCUGACACAGGGGGACGUGGUAUUUCAGAUCAUAGCUGUAUUCGAAUUAGGAAAUAUCGGGAAAGAUAUUAUGAGAGAUCUAGGUGUUCCUCUAUUAGAUUUUCCGAUGUCUGAAAUGAUCUAUUUUGAAAAGAGUUUCCGAUGAAAUCAGUUAGCUAUUUGCGGCAAAUGAGAGAGUCAGACUUCAUUUCUCCUUAAUUUCAUUUGCUGACGUUACAGCUGCACACACACUCACUGAAUGAGUUGAAAUAUAAUGCGACACAGAGAUUAGUUCAGUUAUACAUCCAUGAGACCCAGUUUAUAUGGAAGGAAAGUUAUAUUUCAAAACAAAUUCCUCAAACACAUUUUGAUAUUGAAUAUUUACUUACUGUUUAUAACAGUUUUGCUUAGGACGCAUGGUAAUGAUCGUUACAUAUGUUCUGAUAGGUUUUACUUACAACACAUUUACUGAGCGGCAGCAGCCGAAGUCGGACCAUCGUACUGGGGACAGUGGGGACUUAAAUACGCCUGCUUCCUACACGGUUCCCCACCAUCCCUUCAGUUGUUGGCGAGUGUAUGCAAUGGUACCAACGAUUAAAAUACACAAAUAUAUUAAGACUACACACGUGGCUGGAAGAAAAUAUAUUAAAUGAUGCGGUCUGAUAUGUCCUCUCAUGGGGCCAAGAGUUUUACAUUACUUCAAGCCCCUUUAAGGAUACAGCCACUAACCAUCCAAGUUUAAAAUAAAACACUACCAAUAUUACACAACAGCUCUCUACACAUUGUCAAGAUGUAUGAAUUAACUCAGUUUCUUUUAAAAAUCCGAUGAUUAAAAAGAUCUUUUAUAGAUGACACUUUGAAACCAUAGGGUUGCGACAGAUACAAUUCAGCCUUUUCCUUUGCCUUCCCGGCUUGCUGGCAGUCAUUUUUGCGGAGGACUUAGGAAUACAUUCAUCGGCUAUUGUGUUUAGUUCAUCAGAGAAUAACUGCCCGCGGUCGGAAACAUCUGUGAACAGUUCAGGUUUUCAUUUGUUUGAAGAGAGUAUUUCAGACGUAGGCCAGUGCCUUUAGGGCAGAGGAAAAUCAGAUGGAGUCAUAGUUUUGAGAAUGUUUGGAAAAUUGUGAUUCCACAGAAUUUGUCAUGGACUAAAGUGAAACAUAUUAAGGAGAUCAAAGUCUGUUAUAGAUGAAUUAUAAUGUAAAUAUGUGGUGGGAUUAUCAUUAAACAGACAUAUUGAAAUAAAACUUCAAGUAGUU